AUGUACGAUAUGUUCCGGUCUCAGCUGUUUAAGCACAAGCUGGACGAUUUCUGUUCAAAGGCAGCCAUAGACUGGCACCUGAUCCCGCCUAACGCUCCACACUUCGGCGGAUUAUGGGAGGCAGGUGUACGAUCUGCCAAAUAUCAUCUUAAGCGCAUAAUAGGGACGGCUAAUCUAAAUUUUGAAGAGUAUGCAACCGUUCUUGCGCGCAUCGAAGCCGUUCUAAAUUCGAGACCGAUUACACCAAUGUCGGUAAACCCUAACGACGUCGCGCCUUUAACCCCUGGGCACUUUUUAGUGGGACGACCUUUAACGGAUAUUGCUGAGCCCGAUGUCACCGAUCGCAAAGAAUCAACACUCUCCCGUUGGCAGCGACAAACGCAAAUGGUGCAACAUUUCUGGCGUCGAUGGUCAAACGACUAUAUUACGACAUUGCAGAAUCGCAACAAAUGGCACGAACGUUAUCCAGUGAAGGAGAAUCAAAUGGUCAUCGUACGUGAAGACAAUCUCCCUACCAUGCAAUGGAAACUCGCCAGGAUCAGUAACGUCAUUCCGGGCCCGGACGGUCUAGUGCGAGUUGUGGACGUCCGUGUAGGCAAUAAGCUGUUCCGACGACCAAUUGCCAAGCUGUGCCUUCUACCAAUAGCAGACAACUUCCCAUCGGCCGACAACGAUUAUAAAAAUGAUUGA